AUGCCAGUGACGCGGAAUGCAGAAGGACGUGCAUGGCGGCGGUGCUACACAGAUGCGUCCGUGAUUCUCGCGUACGCUGACGUUCUUGAUUGCUCUUCCGGCGGCGACACAAAGUUUGCGCUGUCGGCCAUAUCGUAUCUCGACCACGCCAUUGUCAUCGCCGGCGCACCAGGGGAUGGGCGCAUGGACUGCAUCCAAACUCUCAUCAAGCGCAUACAGUCGGAUUGCCUCCGGUAUACCGCCCCUCCGUCUUCGUCCUGGUCCUCAGACGCACCUCGCGCCGCGCCCCCGCCCGUCCCACCGCUCUCAAGCGCCGCCCAAGCCGUCCUUCGUCUGCCGAAGCCACCGUCUCUCGCCACGUUCGGGUCGCGCUUUUCUCAACGCCCCUUCGUCCUCCCUGGGUUCCUGCGCGACACCGGCUGGCCCGCGCUGGACUCGCGCCCGUGGCGCUCGCGCGCGUAUCUGGGCGCUGUUGCGGGCCCAGGGCGCGUCGUGCCCAUCGAAGUGGGGAACGACUACCGCGCGGACGAGUGGACGCAGAAGAUGAUGCCGUGGGACGCCUUCCUUGGGGCGCUCCAACUUGACGGGGACCGAGAAGGCACGGACAUGGACGCCAAUGUGGGUACGGGCGCGGAGGUGCUGUAUCUGGCGCAACACAACCUCUUCGCGCAGUUCCCGGCGCUGCUGGACGACGUCGUGGUCCCGGACUACGUGUAUGCGGAUAUGGAACCGCCAAAGGAUUGCCCGCAGUACAUGCCGCCCGCGAAUGACGAACAACUCAUCUUGAACGCAUGGCUCGGGCCGAAGGGAGCCGUGUCGCCCGCUCACACGGAUCCGUUUUUCAACUUCUUCGCGCAGGUUGUCGGGAGGAAGACAGUGUGGCUGGCUCCGCCGUCGGCAACUUCGGGAAUGUAUCCGUACGCCCCGGGUGGAGUCGUGGCG